CGGGCGCGGGCCGCGCUGCAGCGCGAGCGGGGCCGGACCCCGCCGCCGCCUCUUCCCGCCGGCCCCGCCGCCGGCCAUGCAUUCUUCCGGCUCCUCAAGCUCCCGCAGCCCAGGCCGGGGCCCGGCCAGUCCGAGGCAGCCGCGAGGGGAGUAGGGCGCCCGCGCGCCUGCUCGCGCCGCGCCGGGGGCCGCCUGGGCCGCCGCCGCUUCCAUGACCGCCACCCCUGGGCGGGGGUCGCCCGCCCCCGCGCUCCGCCGCCGCCCGCCGCCCGCCGAGAAAGACAGGACGGACUCCAAUGUGAGGAUGGCUGUUACUUUGGAAGACGCUCGGUGGCUGGGCUGGAUCUUGGUGAAAGCACUGAUGAGGUUCGCCUUCAUGGUCGCAAACAACCUGGUUGCUGUUCCAUCCUACAUCUGCUAUGUAAUCAUACUUCAGCCCCUUCGAGUGCUGGACAGUAAGCGGUUCUGGCAUAUUGAAGGAAUCAUGUAUAAGUGGCUUUUAGCAAUGGUGGCUUCCUGGGGAUGGUAUGCUGGAUAUACAGUGAUGGAAUGGGGGGAAGAUAUUAAAGCAAUUUCAGAAGAUGAAGCAAUGAUGUUGGUGAAUCAUCAGGCAACAGGAGAUGUGUGCACUCUAAUGAUGUGCCUCCAGGACAAAGGAACGGUUGUUGCUCAAAUGAUGUGGUUGAUGGAUCAUAUCUUUAAGUAUACAAACUUUGGAAUUGUUUCUCUAAUUCACGGAGACUUCUUUAUAAGACAGGGAAAAUCUUAUCGUGACCAACAGCUGCUUCUUCUCAAGAAGCACCUAGAAAAUAAUUACAGGAGCAGAAAUCGAAAAUGGAUUGUUUUGUUUCCAGAAGGGGGCUUCCUCAGGAAGAGGCGAGAAACAAGUCAGACAUUUGCCAAGAAAAAUAACUUGCCAUUUCUUACACACGUCACUCUGCCAAGGUUUGGGGCAACAAAAAUUAUUUUGAGUACACUUGUAGCACGACAGGAAAAUGGAAAUCCAGCAGGAGGAGAUGCUAAAGAAUUAGACAGCAAAUCAAAAGGCCUCCAGUGGAUAAUAGAUACAACUAUAGCUUAUCCCAAAGCUGAACCUAUAGAUAUUCAAACCUGGAUCCUUGGAUAUAGGAAACCAACAGUCACACAUGUACAUUACAGGAUCUUUCCAGUUAAAGAUGUACCUCUGGAGACUGAUGACCUUACCAAUUGGCUCUAUCAGCGGUUUAUUGAAAAAGAGGACCUCUUAUCUCAUUUUUAUGAAACAGGAGCUUUUCCACCUCUAAAGGGCCAGAAGGAAGCUGUUUCCCGGGAAAUGACCCUCAGCAACAUGUGGAUAUUUCUCAUACAGUCUUUUGCGUUUUUGUCAGGCUAUAUGUGGUACAACAUCAUUCGGUAUUUUUACCAUUGCCUGUUUUAGGAAUUGACUUUGGACUUGUCAAAGUCACCACCAUAGGAGUUCAGACUUUCAUAAGUGUGAAAUAUUUUACAUGUGCAAAUCAGAAUAUAUAAAAAAAGAAGCAAAGGAACUUCAAUGGAUGGAUUAAUAUUUAUCCCCCUUUGGGAUAUUUUAAAAUUCUACUACAAUGAGGAUCAGUAAUAUACCUGCUAAUAUAUUUUAAGAACUUUUCAUGUUUUAAAAAGAUACACUCUACCCCAUAUAUAAGCAAACAUCACAUUUGGAGAAGGGGAAAUUAUAAAAUCAUCCUAGAAGACUAUCCGAGAGAAAUUCUGUUGCCACCAGAUAUACAGUAAUUGAUCAUUUAGUUCCAGCUCAGAGAGCUGUACUCGUCCUCUUAGCUAGUAGUGUAUGUUAGGGCAGUUCUCUAGAGCACCGCCACUCCCACCACCUCAUGCUGCGUUCCUAGUAACCUGGAGGGGAGCUGCUUGGCACCUUCUGAGCUGUUUCCCUGUCAUUUGCAGUAACAAACUCCAGUCCUCAACAAUUAACUGAGGUACAGUGUUGGCAUUCUCUGUGGGGGAAAAGCAGUGUUCGCCAAACCCGUUCUGGUACGAGAAUGUGUCCUUUACAAAGGCUAGCUCAGCCCAGCACCUUGUUUACAUGCUGCAGUGCUUUCCCUUGUAUGAGUGCGGGGUCACCUAAUUUCUCUUUUUGUGUAGAAGGCAUAUCAUAGACUGAUAAUUGUAUUUUAUAAAAUGCACUUUUAUCAGAUGCAAAUAUAGCAAAGUAAUAUAGCCUGAAAACCAGUGUAAGCAGAAUCAGUGAGUCGGAUUCUUGAGAGGCUGUCUUGUCUCUGCGUGUUUUUUGUCUGCUGAUGUUCUCCAGUGCCACCCUGCAUCAGGCACCACCCUGACAGGAUGCUUCUAUUUGUAGCUUAGAGGCUUUUUUUUUUUUCUUUUACAUUUUGACAUUAGCACUAAAUGCAUUUGGGGAUGGUUGAAAGAAAUUAAUGUAAAGCAUUUAAAUGAUCAAUUUAAGGGGAAAUAGGCUAGUUUAUUAGAAAAAUAAGGGCUGGUGGCUUAUAGUGACAAGUUCUCACAUGGUAUUCCCAGAACCUGUGCAGAUGGUAGCCUGUAGUAAUAUCAAGGUGCCGCCCCUCUCAGGAUGAAUGUAACCAGGAGAGAGACCAGCACAGAAGGCUUCCCAGUCUCUUCCAAUUGCUUUUGAAGAGUAUAAAGUCAAGUUUCUGUUUUUAGAAAACCUUUUUUAUUUGUCACUAUGUUCAUGUGAUUUACCUCACAGGGGAAUUGAACUCUUCUUGAAAAUUGCUGGUAGUGCAUCAGUGUUGAGAUAGAGUAUGUUUUUUGGUUUAGGAUUGUAAGACUGUUAAGAUCCUAGCAAGUCAGUGGUAGUUUUCUGUGAUAUGAGCAUUGUAGGUUCCCCUGUUGUCACUAAUCACACAAAUAACAAUUCUGAGAAGUAGGCUAUAAAACAAACAUAAAUGCUUAUGUUUUCUGUUUUUUUAUUUAAAAACCAAAAAACUGAAAGGAUGUGAAUUUUCCCGCAAUUAUGUGGGAAAGGUAAAGCAACACCAAAUACAAGCCCACAGCAGCUUCAUCUUCAGGAUAACUCAGUGCGUAUGUGAAAGAGAACUGAAAUACCUCAUUGAAUAUUACACUACUGGUAAAAUGCAGAAGACAGUAUUAAUGCAUUUCAUUUGGUAAUCAUUGUUAUAAAAUGCAAUUUUCUUGAAACCUGAGCAUUUCACUAUGUGUUCUACAGUGACAAGUGAACAAGUGAAAAAACCAAUCUCAAUUUAGAGAUAUGGAUGUUAGGAAACCAGGUAGCAGCUUAACGAUACUUAUAUUUGAGGCCUACUAAAUCACAAGAUGAAAUUGUUCAUUUGAGAGGUUAGUCAGACAUCUGAGGGAGAAUUUGCUCACUGUCAAGCAUAACAUGCACAGUCCUAGCUAAUAGACCUUUUCCUCAUUGCUUAAGUGAGCUACCAGGUAGGGUGACCAGUUCUCCUAUCCAAAAAAAAUGCACACAUGUAUCCAUAAAUGUGACUUAGGGCCACUUUUGCCAUUACUCCAAAGGAACAUGAUAUUGUUAAGUAUACUCUGCACAUAUUAAGCAAACCAUCCCGUAAGAUGCUUUACUUUUCAAGCACAGUGUCAUUUCCACAGCCUCUAAGGUGACAAAUAGCAAUAGAUAUGAGAGUUAAUUUUUGAAAAUAGAUUUGUGAGUUGUAAAUAGAUGUGUAUUUGGUCUGCCCUAUCCCUCUUUGAUUCUUUAUCAACAUGCUGUCUCUCUUCUGUUUGAAAAUAAGUUUGUUUGAGAGCAUUCAUAAUGCUUUCCUUAUCAGUAACUGUGAGUUCUGCUUGCACUAGGGAAUGUAAAAAAGAGAAUCAGUGUUCUUAAAUGGCAAUCUGGGGAGAAAGCAAUGUGCCACUGUACAGAACUGAAUAAAAAUUCCUAAUUUGUACUUUCUUUGUGAAGUGAGAUGAAAGGAGGUUUAAAGAGUAUACAUUUUGUUAAGGGAAAAGAAAAUAAAACUGUGCCAGUUUUAUACAAGUAGCUUGUAGAAUCUCAGCACUCCUUGGCUUGGCUGGACUGCUUAAAUUCCCACAGCAGCCUGGGUUGAGAACUCAUUCUGGAAUCCUGGUGGGAGCAUCUGCUUGGCCACAGGAAGGUCCAGUGACUACUAGAGUGACCAAGGCAGUUCAUUCUUAACUAAAGAAACAAUUACUGGUAUUGAAAUAUGCAUAUAUUGUUGGGGAACCUAUAAGCAAUGGAAGGUAAAGAAAAACUACAGAAUGGAAAAUGAUGUUUUGGGUGAGCAAACAAAUUAGUUGAGAAUAUAAAUAGUAGAUUUUUUAAAAAGGUAGCCGUGAGUUCAGAUCUGUCAUAUUAUUAAAUAGUUUUUGAUAUUACAACCAAUCCUUAAUUUUCCACAGUAGAGGAACUAGGAAUUGCUAGAUAAUUAACUACUGUAUAGUUAAUCCAGUCAAUAAGUCAUAGGUAGGCCAAAAAAAUAAUUUUAUUUAGAAAUUUGAAUUUUUAUUCUCAUCAAACUUUUUUUUCUUCUAGCAAUGCUUACUAAUUAAAAAAUGAUUUGAGUUGUUUGUUAAUUUCUUUUGCCUAUGUAUUUAUGACUGUGUUAAUGAAUAGUGAAAUUGAUAUGGACAGACAACUAUCAGGAAGAGGAAAUACAAAAGCCUGAAUAAUCAAGAGUUGGUGGUAUUGAAAUUGUUCUCAAGCCUUUUUAUGAAAAUGAAAUCUUAAAUCACCAAAUGUAAACCUCAGAACACUGCUCUAGGGUUGCUGUCAUUUGGACUGGUGUUAAGAGCGCCUUUUCGUUCUUUGCUUGUAUUGCUCACUUCUUGUGGAUUUGUCUUGGUAAUGUUUUUUGACAAUCACUCCCUAAAGACUCUUCUGAACUAAUUGGACCUGGUUAUAGUCGUAGAAAAUAGUCUUUAAUCGUUGGUAGUCUUCUUGGAUUCUUUUUAUAUUUAAAAAGAAUGUUUUAUUUGCACUGCUGAAUAGGAGGAGUUAAUUAUUUUUUUUGUUCUUUUUUUUGAAGUCAUUACACAGGACUUCACUCCAGAGUUAUCAUUAUGAGCAUGUCUGGCUGUGGUCCACAAAGAAUGGAUAAAAAUGGUUUGCUGUAUUUUUUGCCCUGCAGUGCUGUGAGCCUUACAUCUGUUAACAUGAAAGGCAAAGUCAAGAGCAGCACUGAGCAGCAGGUUUACUUGUUCAUUUUAUGCGUUGUAGAGACUAAUAUGUUUGGGACCAAAACCACCUGGAAAUCUCUAGCUCCCAAAAGGACUGGGUGUUUUCUGGAGUAGUCAUUGGUUGGUGCUUUAUUGUAAUCAUUUUGCACCAAUCCCCAACAAUUAGGAACUAGACCCUGGGAAUCAGCUGAGGGUGCUGAACAGUUGGGGGAGGGUGACUGUAGCCAUAUGGAAGAUAAAAUAUGGAUUUUUCUGCAAAAUUUCCACCUGAGGAUUUUAACAUUUAAUAUUUUUUUAAAACAGUUUAAAUAGCAAAAAUUUUUAAGCGUAUUCUAGUUGCAGAGUAUGCACACAUAUCUUGAAUGGCUUUAUUUUUAUUGUGUAAAACUGUUGAACACAAAUGACUGUGAUGCGCAAAUUCUUUCCAUGUGAAGAGUCUAUGCAUUUUACAGUAGCUUAUUUUGAUUGGGUAAUGAAACAGUUAUACAUUCAACUGCCAUUAUUUUUAUUAAGUGCUUUCAUUUUCUUUACAGUUAUUACAAAGUUGUAUUUAUUUUAUACAGACGGAUUUUCAUUUUCCUGCUGCUGUAAUGUUUAUUACUUCAGCUUGUUGACCUUUCUUUCUAUGUGUGUUUGCAUGUUGUAAUGUGUGAUAAGAAUGAAUGUAAAGGCUGUGGCAACUGUAAUUAAUUUCUGUAAAGGGCUGGUCACGUGUGGAUCUGGUCUAUGAACACAUUUGGGAUGAUUUUAGUAAUCAGAUCACCUUUUCAGAGAUGUAGAUGUGAAUGCCAAAAGAAGCAUUUUCUCAACAAAAAUUAAUAGCUGGUUCUAUUUUUUUUUUAACUUAGAAAAAAAUAAAGUUGAUUUUUUUCAAGUAAA